AUGACCCCAAAGCCCGUGCCAUCAGAUAGCGAAUCCGAUCUUGAGGGGUCAUCCUCGGUCUCUCUCGAAAAUGUCGUCCUGGAUCUUAAAGAAAGGAUCCGCGAAUUGGAAUGCCAGCUACGAGGAUGCUGUGAAACCAGUUCGGUUCUGACGACUCCGUACGCGUCUUUGAAGCGAAAGAUGCAGGAGGAGCUUUAUGACCCCAUUUCCAAGAUGAAAUCGGCGUCUGAGGUCAGCCUGGAGAUGGGCUCAUUCUCCACGGAAGUUGCGGGUCGAUAUAUGAGUGUCGUCCACAAUGAGGUGUUCCGCAUCGCAGGAAGAGCUGGGCUCAUCAACCCAGCCGACUUUGACGUGGGAUCAGACGGGGUCGUCGGUCUGUUGAAACACGCCUUGGAAAAGGUAUAUCCAGACGACAAGUCCUAG